AAUCAAUUUUCUCGUAACAUAGUACUAAUCCGUCCAAGACAUUUACUAUAAGUUUAAUUGAUAAAUAUUAAUAUUUCGCAAUCAGCGAUAGCGACAUGCUACAAACAUGCCUUAUAAACAACAAACUUACAUAUUUAAUUCGCUUUUUGGCUACGCAAGCCUUGCAAAAUGUGUAUACUCUAAAACAAUUUGAAAUAAAUUAUAAAUAAAUAAAUAUACCCACUAACAAAGUUGGCCUUGGUUUUAUUUCAAAUCGAAAUUUCCGCUACAUAAAUAAUAAAAAAGUCAAAAAUAAAAAUUAAAUAUGACCAAAGCGUCUCUUAUUUCGGAAUUAUGAAAAUAUUUUCCCAAGUGUAUAUUUUAAAUGCUGUAUGCGCAUUUUUCAGUUGUUUUGCUGUCGCAGUUCGAGGAAAACAUAUGCACAUGCCUACCUAUGAAUGAAUGUAAAUUUAUGAAGCCCUCGCUCAAUUCAAGUAAAAAACACUUUUCUGAACUCAAACCGUUUCCGAGUCUCGACCGGGAAACACGUAAACUAUACUGAUCCUCUAAAGAAUUGUUUAAUAUACAACAUUCAGUACGAAAACGAUUUUAUUAUAAUUUUUGUCUAUCCCUGAAGACAAUUAAAUAAAAUCAAGAAGCUUUAUGCUGGAAUGUCCUGUUUAGAGAGUGGAACUUGUUGACAUCAAACUUAAUCGCGCACUUAAUUCUAAAAUGAUAAUGAACAGCAAUUCAAACCAGGAACAAUACUUCAGAAGAAAUAUUGCAGGCAAAGUUAAUGCUGCGGCUUGCUCAAGCUAUUCCCAAAAUUUAUUUAUGGGCUAUAAGCUACAAUUAUUUUUCUGGACUGCAGUAGGCUGCUAUGUAUUAGUAUUUUUGAUUUUUCUGGCCAUAUGUAUUUCGAUAUAUGUAUAUUUUUAAAGCUAAUUAAUGCAUUUUAUAAAGUUUCCUAUGUAAACACUUUUAAAUAAAUACGCAAUGCACGAAUCCUA